GAUGGUUUUGAAGCUUUACUGACCCAUCACUAUUUAAAGUGAUUUGCAUUAAAUUUAGAUUUAAAAGUUUGUUUAACAAGCCAAAACAAACACAAAUUGCCCACUACUCGUGCACAUCGCGCAAUGGAUCCUUCCUCAAGUCUGGCCGACAAACUGGCCUCUAAAACGGCCAGCAGCAACUCACUGGACAGCAGUUCCAAGUCGAGUUCCCUCGGCUCAAAACACGGCGGCGGCGAAAAUGGUGGACUGAGGGACACACCCUUCUCCUACUUGGACGGCGAAGAGGAUCAGGAUCAGAAAAACGAUGUCACAUACGUUUGCCCCUACCGCGGACCCGUCUUCGGAGCCUUGACCAUUACGAACUAUCGCCUGUACUUCCGGUCGCUGCCUCUGAGGGAUCAAGAGCCGCCCGUAGUGGUCGAUGUACCGUUGGGCGUGAUUGCGCGCGUGGAGAAGAUCGGCGGUGCCACGUCGCGCGGCGAAAACUCGUACGGCAUUGAGAUCUUCUGCAAAGAUAUGAGGAAUCUGCGUUUCGCACACAAGCAGCAGAAUCAUUCGCGCCGAACGGUGUUCGAGAAGCUGCAGACGAAUGCGUUUCCGCUCUCCUACAGCGGCCGCCUCUUCGCCUUUGCCCAUGCCGCCGCCAACGCUGUGAACGGCAGCGGCGGCUGGGACGGCUGGGCAGUGUACGAACCGCUGGCGGAGCUGCGACGCCUGGGCGUGCCCAACGACAUGUGGAGGGUCACCAAGAUAAACGAAGCCUAUGCCGUUUGCGAUAGCUAUCCGGCUGUUUGGGCGGUGCCCAAAGCUGCAUCCGAUGACUUUCUGCGUCGCGUGGCGCAAUUCCGUUCCCGCUGUCGUCUGCCAGUGCUGUCGUGGAUGAACCCCAAGACCCAGGCGAGCAUAACACGCUGCUCCCAGCCCCUGGUGGGCGUCAGUGGCAAAAGGAAUGCGGACGAUGAGACCUACCUGAGCUACAUCAUGGAGGCCAACGCUCAGUCGGACAAAUUGACGAUUAUGGACGCGCGACCCAGCGCCAAUGCCAUUGCCAAUAAGGCCAAGGGAGGCGGCUAUGAGUCGGAGGAUGCGUACAAGAAUGUGGAGAUCAAUUUCCUGGACAUCCACAACAUUCACGUGAUGCGAGAGAGCCUGCGCAAGGUGAAGGAGGCCUGUUUCCCCACCACAGACGACUCCAAAUGGCAAUCGGCCAUCGACAACACGCUCUGGCUGAAGCACAUCAGAUGCGUCCUGGCCGGCGCUGUCCGGAUAGUCGACAAGGUGGAGACCAUGAGCACUUCGGUGGUGGUGCACUGCUCCGAUGGCUGGGAUCGCACGGCGCAGCUGACUGCCCUCUCGAUGCUGCUGCUGGAUCCUCACUAUCGCACUGUGCGCGGCUUUGAGGUGCUCAUCGAGAAGGAGUGGCUGUCCUUCGGGCACAAGUUCCAGCAGCGCGUUGGCCAUGGCGACAACAAGCAUUCCGAUGCGGAUCGCUCGCCGGUUUUCCUGCAGUUCAUUGACAGCGUGUGGCAGGUGGGCCAGCAGUUCAACAACGCCUUCGAGUUCAAUGAGCAUUUCCUCAUAACCAUUGUGGAUCAUCUGUACUCGUGUCGAUUCGGCACCUUCCUGUGCAACACCGAAGCCGAGCGUGUGGCCGAGGAUCUUAAGCACAAGACUACAUCCCUUUGGACGCACAUUAACUCCUCGUUGGAUCAGUAUUUAAAUCCGCUAUUCCCCUCGUUCACGCACGGCGCGGAGCUUGUGUUGCGGCCCAUUGCCAGUGUGCGCGCCGUGCGGCUGUGGAAGGGUCUGUACUGCCGCUGGAAUCCGGGUCUGUGUGCACCCCAGCACGGAUGCCAGCGCACACGCGAACUGCUCUCGAAGCAGGAUCUGCUGUUCAAGCAUGUGAAUGAGCUGCGGCUCAAGUCGAAUACUCGCAGCAACAACAUGCAGACAACAACGCGACUGGCAUCGCCAAUGCAUUAAUACCCGUAGUAUUUCCCUUUAAUUAUUCCUUUAUAAAUAUUAAUCGUAUAAAUAUACAUACAAUAUUCAAUGUGA